ACCGCCGGCCGCUGGGCGGGCCCUGGCGGUUCCUCGCGGAUUUCCAGUAGGAUGUGAGACCAGCGGCUGAGAGGAACGGCCUGCUACCGACUUCCUCUUGCGGUAGCCCUAGAUUUCCGGCCUGACUCUCGUUUCUCUAGCUAGCUGCUGUAACGCGGUCGCCUAUUGGUUCGUUCUUCCAAAUGCGCCAGGUAUUGGCUGGAGCUCAGGACUCGGCGGCCAAUUGCGGGUUUUGCCGUCGAGCCUGUCCAUCUGUCAGAGUUAGUUCCAGGGAAGUUAGCAGUUGCUGAUCAGACCUGCAUCCUCCACAGUGCAAAGUGAGAAGCUCCUCCUUCAGCACCGCAAGGCAAGAACCCAUCAACACCAGAGUGCUGUCAACCGUCGAGAAAUUGAGUUUGGAUCUGGAGGGAGCUCAGCUGUGCCUGGAGCCAGCAGCAGCAGAGGUCCACAAGGCAGUGACUGUGAGCUUCCGGGCACUGCGUAGACACCUGGACAUUGAUGUCUGGGGAUUUGACAAGAUGCUUGGGGAAAGGAAGCUGUCCCCCAGGGCCGGUCCCUGAGGGUGUGAUCCGAAUCUACAGCAUGAGGUUCUGCCCCUACUCGCACAGGACACGCCUGGUCCUCAAGGCCAAAAGCAUCAGGCAUGAAAUCAUCAACAUUAACCUGAAAAACAAGCCUGAUUGGUACUAUACAAAACACCCUUUUGGCCAGGUUCCUGUCCUGGAGAACAGCCAAUGUCAGCUGAUCUAUGAAUCCGUCAUUGCGUGUGAGUACCUGGAUGACGUCUUCCCAGGAAGGAAGCUGUUUCCAUACGACCCAUAUGAACGAGCUCGCCAGAAGAUGUUAUUGGAGCUAUUCUGUAAGGUCCCACAGUUAAGCAAGGAAUGUCUGGUAGCGCUGAGAUGUGGGAGAGACUGUACGGAUCUGAAGGUUGCCCUGCGUCAGGAGUUGUGCAAUCUGGAAGAGAUUCUUGAAUAUCAGAACACUACCUUCUUCGGUGGAGACUCUAUAUCCAUGAUUGAUUACCUCGUCUGGCCCUGGUUUGAGCGACUGGAUGUAUAUGGACUGGCUGACUGUGUGAAUCACACCCCAAUGCUGCGGCUCUGGAUAUCCUCCAUGAAGCAGGACCCCGCAGUGUGCGCUCUGCACAUUGAUAAGAACAUUUUCCUGGGCUUCUUGAAUCUCUAUUUCCAAAACAACCCUUGUGCCUUUGAUUUUGGGCUGUGUGGCCCAAUCGUACGGUAAUCCAGUCAUUGCCCAGGAUUCUCCUCAUAUCUGAUUCUGCAUCACGGGUCAUCUUGGAGUCAGUGUAUUUGUUUUUUUGUUUUUUUUUUGCUUUUUUGUUUUUUUGAGGUCCCUAAUAAACAUGGACGUGUAAAAUAUA